AGCCGCAAGCUCCCAAACACUGCAGAUAAGAUCAGACUCACUGAAGCAAGAAAACUGAGCGAAAGUAUUUUGUCCGUCAAUGGAUAUCUGUUGGUGCGACUGGUCGCUUAUGCAACGCGGGGCGCGUGCGGCAGUCGUUAGCGCCGCCUCGGACCGACCGCAUCAACAACAUUACAGUGUGAAACCAGUGCCAUUUUUACAUAAACAAAUAAUUAGGAAUAACUUUUAUUUUUUUGUUGAAAAAAAUAUCGCUAAAAUGUAUUUUAGGAAAAUUUUAAUACUGUUUGUUUUCACAUUCGUGUCAGAAAAUCCAGCUCACAGCCAAUCAGUGUCGUGCCCGGCGGUGCGCACGACCAGCGGCUGGCUGGACCUGUUCCCGCUGCCGUGCAAGAAGCGCGCAGACUGCACGCCCAUGGGCGCCAAGCAUCUGUGCUGCAAGGGAUUCUGCACCAAGGGCGUCAAGACUGCAGCGCCGAUACGAACCACCGAACCGAGCAAGAGCGACGCAUCACCACCGCCCGAUAACCUCAUACCAGUCAUACCAUUGAGUAGUUCGAGUAGCACCACCUCAUCUACCACGACAACGACAACAACCACCACAACGACCCCCAAACCGACCACUACAACGACUACAACGACCCCCAGACCGACUACUACUACAACAACUACAACUACAACGACUCCCAAACCGACUACCACAACUACAACGACCCCCAGACCCAGCACGGAGGCGCCGCGGCCGUUCCUGCAGAUCCUGCCGAUACAGACCACGCAGGCCUCCGCGCCGAAGGCCGUCAGGGCUACGCCGCAGAAAGUUGGCAAGUCAUCGUCAUCGAAGCUGGUCUGCCCGAAGCCGGGUCAGGCGGCUGCACAGCUGUUCCCGCUGCCGUGUGAGAAGAGCUCGCAGUGCCGCGCCAGUGUGGGCGCCGACCAGGUGUGCUGCGAGCGGCGCUGCGUGCGCGGCGUGCCUGCGCCGAAGCCAACCACGCCCGCGCCGACGCAUCAGCCCCUCCUAGGAGUGAUCCCGCGCGACUGCCCAUCCGAGCCGCUCGGCGAGCUGUUAUUCGAGCUGCAGACGUGCAAGUCCGACGCGGACUGCUGGCCGCGCGUGUGCUGUCCCGACGGGAACAAGUCCUACUGCCGCACCGCCAAGGCCAGGCUGGACCUCGUGCCGGUCGCCAGGCAAAUUGACGGACCGGUGAGAAUGUUAGAAAAGUACGUGCAAUGUACGGCGCCGCCGCAAUACGACCUGUUCCCGCAGACGUGCAGCUCGUCAGUGGACUGCUUCCCCAACUUGUGUUGUGCUGAAGGCGGCAAGAAGCACUGCCGGCCGCCACAGAGGAGCUUGCUGGCUCUGCUUGCCGGAGUCUCUCAGAGAUUUGGAUCAACGAUAGGCAACCUGCGACAGGCACAAGCAAACCAGAAUAAAGUAUAGCUGAUAUGUACCUAAGAUGUGAUGAAAUUGUUUUUAUACUUUUGUACUUAGCCAAUAAAUUAAAAUGUUACUGAA